GCAACGGAGCCCUGCCCACCUUUUCGCUUCCUUCCCCAUCCAUCCACCCACCCAGCCAGCCAGCGGGCAGCCCAACGAGAGGGAGCGGAGCAGCCAUGGCCUGCCUCACCAUCUACAGCACUUCGGUGACCGGUUCUCGGGAGAUCAAAUCCCAGCAGAGCGAAGUGACCAGGAUCUUGGAUGGAAAGAACAUCAAGUACAACAUGGUGGAUAUCUCCCAAGACAAUGCCCUUCGGGAAGAAAUGAGGACCAAAUCAGGCAACCCCAAAGCCAUUCCUCCCCAGAUUUUCAACGGGGACCACUAUUGCGGGGACUACGAACUGUUUGUGGAAGCAGUGGAACAGAACACCCUGCAGCAGUUCCUGAAGUUAGCCUGAGCCCGCUUCUUCCCUGCCCCACAUGAAAACCUUCCUCCCCACAUGAAAACCAUCCGGGACUUGGAAAUUCUGCAUUCCAGAUGGAUCACCUCCCAAGUGAUUGUCAGCUCUGCGUGACCAACCUCUUCUCCAACUGCCUCUGAAUUGCAUUCCCUCUUCCACUGUGGUCUCCAAAGACCGGUGGUGCAUUCCCCUCGAAUGCAGCUGGGCCCCUCUCCUCGUGCCUAUGGGGUUAGACUGAUGCUAAUCUUCUAAUUAAGGACCUUGGAAAGCGGAGCUUUCCCCUCCCCCCCACUUUUCUUUUCCAAGCUCAGGCUGCCCUUAGUAUUGAAAGGGAAGAGCUGGUUGCUUCUUCCCUUCUUAUCAUCAUACGUCCUUCAACGUGCAAAUGUCAGUUCCUGUAGUUCCUUGUUCAUUUUAACCCAGGAAAGAGAGCAGCAGACCUCUGCUCUUACCGGGAUUUUUCUUGUCUAGCAAUGCAAAAAGUGCUGCACGGGGGUUUUGUGCUCCCGUUGCCUUCUCCGCCAGCGGUUAAUGGGGAGAGUGUGUGUGUGUAUGUGUCUGUCUUACAGCAUGGUGGUGUAGCUCAGCCUUUCUUAAAGUGGUUCUCCAGGGGGAGGCAAGAGCAUUUCUCCUAGUCCAUUAGUGCUUUUUUUCCUGGUGCCCCCAUCUGGCAAUGGAAAAAAAAAAACCGUCCCUGCUCCCCAAGAGGGGGAGGCAAUUUCCACUCUAUUUUAGCCUCAGCUGUUUCCUGCUUCCUCUUUUUUUUGGAACUGGCUUUUUGCAAACUUGGACCAAGUGCAUUUUUUUUCCUUUUUUUAUUUCUGAAAGUAAAAGUUACAAACAGCCAUGUUUUUGUUAAGAUGCCAUUAAAUAUUGCUAAAAACCUCCA